AUGAAGAAUUCCUUUGCAGAAGGCUGCUGUGGAAUGUCCCUGAGAAGUGGCAGCAUUGUUGCAGGAUUGUACAUGAUCGUUGUGUGUGCUAUAUACAGCGUAUUUGAGUCAGGACAUUUACAGAAAGCAUAUUACACCAUCAACAUAACUGAAAAUGCCGAAGUUAGAGCAAAACUGUCAGUCGUCUUAGUGUAUUACUACACUUCUUUAGCUUUAGUUGGCAUUACAUUUGUUGUCUGCGUACUUCUUAUUGUUUCUGCUUUUCUGAAGCUUGUUGCUGGACUAAUAGGUGUUAUCACCUGGAUUAUUAUUUAUGAAAUAUUGAAUGUAAUUCUCUUAGCACUGACGAGUUCCACAAUGUAUGUGGCAAAUUUUAAACUAAGGCCAAUUGAAUGGUUCGGUCUCAGUGCCAGACUGAUUUCAGAUAUUUUCUGGUUGAUAUUCAUAGUGUCUUACACAUUGGAAGUUUACAGUGGCAUAAAGACUCCUAAUUCUCCAGAAACAGAAAAAAUGCAAAUGUUGGAAAAAAAUAAAACUCCAUUGUCUAGCUACAACAGAGUCUGUGAAACAGCAGUUUAA